AUGGAUUUGUCUGUUGAAUUUGGUACGUCUAAUGUUCUUCAUGCUUUUACCCCUGGUGGAACGAAGAUAUGGAUUCCAUGUUGUGAUAGUGAAAUUAGACCAACUAUAGGUAUGAAAUUUUCAAAACUUGAUGAAGGUUUGCGUUUUUAUGAGUCCUACGCAGCUGUUGUAGGAUUUAUUACUAGAAAGUCGACGGUCAAAAAAAGAAAAAAUGGUAUUAUUUCUUUUCAAAUUAUUGUAUGUAAUAAAGCUGGGUUUAAAGAAAAACGAAAUAAUGUGGUGACAGAGAAAGUUGAUAGUAUCGGGGAAGAAGAUGAUAAUUUUGUAGAUGAUAUGAAUGUUGAAGAAGUGGUUGUUGGUCAAGAUAAAGAAGACUAUGAUUGUCAAGAAGCGAAUACUCCUAUGGUUAAAAGAAGAUUGUCUACUCGAGUUGGUUGUAAGGCAAAGAUGAUUUUAAAGUAUUGCGAAGAUGGAGGUUACAUUGUUUCUAAUUUUGAAGAAGGGCAUACUCAUCAUAUGUAUUCAUCCGAGAACUCUCAUUUUCAGAAGUCCAAAAGAAAGCUGACAAUGUUUCAUAAGAAAAUGAUAAUUGAUAAUUCAAAGGUGAAUAUUGGUCCUGUCAAGACAUACAGAAUGGUGAAGGAAUAUGUUGGUGGGUAUGAGAAUAUAGGCGCUAGUAGGAAUGACUUCAAAAAUUUUCAUAGAGAUUUGAAGGCGUAUAUUGAAGGAUCGGACGCCCAGAUGUUUGUUGAUAAUUUUAAGAGGAAAAAGUUGAUGUGGUCGGCUUAUUUUUUUUAUUACGAAAUGGAUGAAGACGACUGUCUAUGUAGAGCUUUAUGGGCAGAUCCUAUUUGCCGAAGAAAUUAUGCCGUAUUUGGUGAUAUGCUCUCGUUUGAUACAACCUACCAAAGCAACAGAUAUAAUAUGGUAUUUGGUCCAUUCACGGGAGUCGAUCACCACAAGAAAUGUGUCACUUUUGCUGCUGGUUUUAUUGCAAAGGAAGAUGUUGCUUCAUUCGAAUGGCUAUUUAGAACAUUUGUUAAGGCAAUGGGUGGUAAGGAGCCCAAUUGUUUAAUUACGGAUCAAGAUCCAGCUAUGAAAAUUGCUGUAAAUUCUGUUUUCCAACAAUGUGAGCACAGAUUUUGUAUGUGGCACAUAAUGAAAAAGCUGCCUGAUAAAGUUGGAAGGAAUAUCAUUCAGGAUACUGAAUUUUUGAAGGAACUCAGUAAGUGUGUUUGUAAUUUAGAAAUUGAGGCACCUGAAUUUGAAGAGAAGUGGAACAAUGUUCUUGUUGAGUUUAAAUUACAAGAUCAUGAUUGGUUGAAUUUGAUGUUUGAGAUGAGAGCUAUGUGGAUUCCAGCGUAUUUUAGAGAUGUCUUUAUGGGUGGUAUUAUGAGAACUACCUCAAGGUAA